AUGGAUAGAACUAAUGAUCAACGUAGAAGCCCACCAAACUAUAACCGACCAAGGGAUCUCACACUUCAUCGUACUAAUCCUUAUAAUCAUUAUUCCUCCGAAAGAGAUAAUUACGGUUCUAGUUCUCAUUACAUACCUUCUCGUGGCCAUUCAGAUUAUCAAAUGAGAGAACCACCACAAAUGCUUCUAGGUAGAUAUAAUGAACGAGAAGAAGAAUCGGCAUACAGAGGUCAAGUUUCAUAUGGUGGAAAUACAAGAGAUCAAAAACCAUACGGGAGACCUCCAAUAUCUCCCCUUCAAUCUUAUGAAAGAAGACCAGUUUAUCGUGGUGGACAUUCAUACAAUUCAUAUCCUAGGCCACCCAUGCUCGAAGAAAAGUUGGCACAAAUCAAAGCAGAAGGACAAAGAUUGAGAGAGGCAGAGUUAAAAUUAAAUGAAGGUGUUCGAAAAUCACAAAGAGAACUUAAUAAAUCAUUAUGGGAAUUAGAAAAAGUUAAUCAUAAUACUGCUUUGGCAACAAGACAAGUAGAAACACUUUGUACGGAAGAAGAGAUAGAAAAAAUAGAAAGAUUAACUAAUGAAAAAGAAAUUGCUGAAAGGGAAAGAGAACCAAAAAUAUUAGAGUGA